AUGUCUGAUUUGUUUGCACCCGCACCUGAGCCUCCUACUGAGUUGGGCCGCUUGAAUCUUCUGUCGAAAACGGCCGGCAUCAAGGUUUCGCCCUUGGCUUUAGGAGCAGGGUCACUUGGAAAGGCAUGGUCUGAGGCUUUGGGCUCAAUGGACAAGAAGCGCGCUUUCGAAUUGCUAGACGUCUACUACGAAGCAGGUGGGAACUUUAUCGACACAGCGAACAACUACCAGAACGAAGAGUCGGAGGCUUGGAUCGGUGAAUGGAUGGAAUCGAGGAAGAUUCGCGACCAGCUGGUGAUCGCUACAAAGUUUACAAGCGAUUACAAGGCUUAUGAAGUUGGCAAGGGUAGGAGUGCGAAUUUCGGUGGAAACAAUAGGCGCAGUCUGCACGUAAGUGUCCGCGACUCCUUGAAGAAGCUGAAGACCGACUGGAUCGACAUCUUGUAUGUCCACUGGUGGGACCAUAUGACUUCGAUAGAGGAGUUGAUGGAUAGCUUGCACGUUCUGGUGCAGCAGGGUAAAGUUUUGUACCUAGGAGCUUCCGACACACCAGCAUGGGUUGUGUCCGCCGCCAACUACUAUGCUGUGUCGCGUGGCAAGACUCCGUUCAGUGUUUAUCAAGGCAGAUGGAACGUUAUGCUCAGAGAUUUCGAACGAGAGAUUCUUCCGAUGGCCAAGCAUUUCGGUAUGGCGCUUGUGCCCUGGGAUGUUCUUGGUGGGGGAAGGUUCCAGACCAAAGAAUCUAUCGAGAAGCGCAAAGAACGUGGAGAGAACUUACGUUCGUUUGGUAACCCGCCUGAGCAGACUGAGCAGGAAGUGAAGAUCAGUUCCGCUUUGGAAAAGGUUGCGAAAGAACAUGGCACGCAUUCCAUCACAGCCAUUGCGCUUGCGUAUGUCAGGUCCAAGGGAACCAACGUCUUCCCGCUUGUGGGAGGCAGAAAGGUUGAGCAUUUGAAGGACAACAUUGCCGCUUUGUCGAUCAAAUUGACUCCAGAACAAGUCACGUACCUUGAGAGCAUUGUUCCUUUUGAUAUCGGGUUCCCAAACAAUCUGGUUGGAGAAGAUCCAGCCAUCUCGGGGAAGCUUCCUUUCCUUUCUGCAUCUUCUUACAAACUGAACCUCGAUUCUUUGCAGUUCAAAUGA